AUGCGUGGUGCACUGUUAUCAUUGAAAGUCAUUAAGGCAUGUUACCGCAGCUUUGCCAUACAAAAAACUACGCCGAACGACGCUUUCGGUUACCGACACGCUUGUUUAGUCGCAAGUCGUACAAAAGUGUGCUUCAGAACCAUGAAAAGUUUGGUUAACUCGGUGAACGAUGCCGUCACAGAAACUCUUUUCGGUGUCUCGUUUCAGUUUCCGCAAUUGGAAUAUCAAGUGUCGCAUAAGGUCGUUCUUAUGCCAAAGCUGCAAGAUCGAAAAAAUAAGGUAUCCCUGGUAUGCGGUGGCGGAAGUGGACACGAACCUUUCGCAGCAG